AUGUUGAGUCUCACCCAUAAUAUUUGUAGCUUACAUGGGUCGUUUGUAUAAACAAAACGGACCAGCGUAGCGUUUUGUGGAAUUGUAAAGCUAUGCCGCCGCGCGUGAGCGUUAAUAACACCCCGCAACGCUUUUGUCGCCGUUAUCAGUGCGUGUAAAUCGUGCCGUUCAGCGUAAGGGCGCCGUCCGGAGCGCUAAAUAAAGGCAUUUGGUGUCUGAUCGAAACGGAACUUACUGUUUGUGCUGCGAAAAUAUGGCAGAGUUGCACGUUGAGCCCAACGCGACUGGCAUCAUCGAGCAGCCGGAGCAUUGUGAGAUCCGCGGCUCGGUGAGCGUGAGACUGCCCUCGCCCACCCUGGUGAUUCCGCCCCGGAGCGGCUUGUCCAGUCCUGGGGUCUCGGGCUCCAGAGCAGUCUUCGGGUUCCCUAUGAAGAGUAACCCUACUUCCCCUUCACCCGAAGCCACGGAGAAGCCCGGGUCCCGGUGGGUUCGCUUGAACGUUGGCGGAACCUACUUUGUUACAACCAAACAGACCCUUUGCAGGGAUCCCAAAUCAUUUCUGUAUCGAUUGUGUCAGGAAGAUCCAGAUCUGGAUUCGGACAAGGAUGAGACAGGAGCAUAUUUGAUUGACAGAGAUCCCACAUAUUUCGGGCCCAUCCUGAACUACUUGAGGCAUGGAAAGUUGAUCAUCAACAAGAACCUCGCCGAGGAGGGUGUUUUAGAGGAAGCCGAGUUUUACAACAUUGCAUCACUCGUGAGGCUUGUGAAGGAGAGAAUACGAGACAAUGAAAACAGAACGUCUCAGGGCCCAGUGAAGCAUGUGUAUCGUGUUUUACAAUGUCAAGAAGAGGAGCUCACGCAGAUGGUUUCCACCAUGUCAGACGGAUGGAAGUUUGAACAGCUCAUAAGCAUCGGCUCCUCCUAUAACUAUGGCAACGAGGACCAGGCUGAAUUCCUGUGCGUUGUUUCCCGGGAGCUCAACAACUCCACCAAUGGAAUUGUUAUUGAGCCUACUGAGAAGGCUAAGAUCCUUCAAGAGAGAGGGUCCAGGAUGUGAGGAGCCUGUCGCCUGAGCCCACACAGAUCUCCCAUCCCUCACCUCCUUUCCUUCAGAUCCUCCAUCAGCCCUCCACCCCUCACCUCACCCUGCCCUCCUCCCUCGUGCCUUUCCACUGUGGGGCGUCGGUCCCCCUCCUCCCUGCAGUGCUGCAGCAUUAACCAAUCAGCACCACCACUAACUAUCACUGCUAUUGCUGACUAAUCAAAA